GGGACUUCCUUUGUGAGGCAGAGGCGGAUGUUGACAGAAGGAGAGCGGCCUUGCUGAGACUGAUAUUCCUACGCCGACAUGGCAGAAGACAAUGAAGAGUUGCCGAUGGACGAAGAGGCGCCUCCAGCGGAGGACAACCUGGAUCCGCUGGAUAACGGCAGCCCUGCCGAGCGGAGCGGCCAUGUGGCCGUCACUGAUGGGCAGUGCAUGUUUGUGUGGGGGGGAUACAAGAAUGCACAAGUGAGGGGCUUUUAUGACUUUUACCUGCCUAGAGAUGAAAUCUGGAUCUAUAACAUGGAAACUGGACGAUGGACGAAACACAGAACGUCAGGAGAUGUGCCGCCUUCCAUGUCUGGAAGCUGCGCUGUCUGUAUGGACCGAGUCUUGUAUCUCUUUGGGGGGCAUCAUGCGCGUGGCAACACAAACAAGUUCUACAUGCUGAAUUCCAGGUCGAACGAUGAGGUCUUGCAGUGGGUCCGGGUGGAGUGCCAGGGGGUCCCUCCCUCCUCAAAAGACAAACUUGGUGUCUGGGCUUACAAAAACAAGCUUGUCUUUUUUGGCGGCUACGGCUAUUACCCGGAAGGUGAGCAGAUUGGCACGUUUGAGUUCGAUGAAACGUCAUUUUGGAAUUCAGGUCUCCCUCGAGGGUGGAACGAUCACGUCCACGUCCUGGACACAGAGACUUACACAUGGAGCCAGCCAGUUACCGCGGGCAAAUCGCCGUCCCCGCGCGCCGCUCACGCCUGCGCCACUGUCGGCAACCGGGGAUACGUCUUCGGAGGCAGAUACCGGGAGUCGAGAAUGAACGAUCUCUAUUACCUCAAUCUGGACAACUGGGAAUGGCAUGAAAUCAUCACGCAGGGGGCUUGCCCUCUUGGCAGAUCCUGGCAUUCCUUGACCCCCGUGUCGUCCGACCAUCUCUUUCUCUUUGGUGGCUUCACCACCGACAAGCAGCCACUCAGCGAUGCCUGGAUCUACUGCAUCAGUAAAAACGAAUGGAUACAGUUCGAGCACAACUACUCAGAGAAACCCCGGCUCUGGCACACGGCUUGCGCAAGCGACGAGGGCGAGGUGAUCGUCUUUGGCGGCUGUGCCAACAACCUCCUUGCGCAUCAGAGAGCGGAGCAUAGUAAUGAGAUCCUUGUGUUUUCUCUUCAACCAAAAUCUCUUGUAAGACUGUGCCUGGAGGCCAUCCUGUGCUUCAAGGAGGCCCUGGCCAGCUCCUGGCACUGCCUGCCCAAACACUUGCUCCAGAGCCUCAACCAGCGCUUCGGCAGCAUCAACACCUCCGGCUCCUAGGACGAGGAAGACGAGGAUGGCGACCAAGACGGCGGCGGCGAAGCAGGCGCUGCCACCCCCCCCCCACCCACCCCCGGUCCCUUCACUGGCCACUUUCAUGCGUGGAUGAGCCCUUCGGAAAAGAGGUGGAACCCUCCCGCCAUCUCUGUGUGACAAAGUGUAUAGGCUUAACUAUUUCGCAGCGUACGUAGUGGCUUUUCUGCUUCGGCCUCCUUUCUUUCGUUGCAUGUGAAUGGCUUAGACAGACAGAGAACCUAUUUUUGUGUACAGAUUCGUUUGCAAUAAAGGUAUUUAAUGCAAA